GUGUCGGAAAGAUGUGACUAUGUAUUUGUCAACGGGAAGGAAAUGAAAGGCAAAGUGAACGCAGUGGUCCAUUUUACAUACCAACAUCUGAACAGCCCCUUGGAACUGACUGUGUGGGUUCCCCGCCUCCCACUCCAGAUUGAAGUCUCUGACACGGAGUUAAAUCAGAUCAAGGGCUGGAGGAUCCCCAUUGUUUCUAACAAGAGGCCAGUUAGAGACAGCGACGAUGAAGAGGAGGAUGAGAGGAAGGGGAGAGGUUGCACUCUCCAGUACCAACAUGCCACAGUGCGGGUCCUUACCCAGUUUGUAGCUGAGCCCUUGGACUCUAGUGGUCAAACUACCUACCUGCUGGGCUCCGACUGGCAAGUGGACAUCACCGACCUGGUAAAAAAUUUCAUGCAAGUGGAAGAGCCAAGGAUCGCCAAGCUGCAAGACGGACAGGUGCUAAUGGGGCAGGAGUUAGGAAUGACUACAUUACAGAUCCUGUCCCCACUUUCCGAUGCCAUCUUGGCGGAGAAGACGGUGACAGUCCUGGAUGAGAAGGUGACCAUCACUGACUUGGGCGUCCAGCUGGUAUCGGGCCUCUCACUCUCCUUACAGCUGAGCUCCGGGAGCAAUAGAGCCAUCUUCGCUACGGCAAUCGCCCACGAAGUGCUUCAAGCGGAAAAGCAGGAAGCCGUGAUGAGUUGCUGGAUCCAGUUCAGUGACGGAGCAGUUAUGCCCUUAGAUAUAUACGACGCUAAGGACUUUUCUUUGGUGGCCACAUCUCUGGAUGAGAAGGUGGUGUCCAUCCACCAGAGUCCCAAGUUUAAAUGGCCUUUCCUCGUGGCCGAGUCUGAAGGACAGGGUCUGUUGGUGAAAGUCGAGCUGGUGAUCAGCGAAUCGUGCCAGAAGUCGAAAAGGAAGAGCGUUCUGGCGGUGGGUACCGGGAACAUCAAGGUCAAGUUUGGCCAGAAUGACACCAUCCCCAACCCAAGUGACAAUAAGCAUGGCAGAGACGGGGUCCAUCUGGAGAACCGGACCGCUGAUCGCCGUCAGAAGACAAGCCUGCAAGAGAGAUCUCGUCCUGAGGGACCUUACUACAGCUCCUCUAUGGGACAUGAAGAAACCAGGACAACUAGCACUCAGAAGUCCGUCUUGAGUAAGAAAGAAGAUCGCGAGAGUCUCUUAGAUGAUGACGGUCAUAUGCAAAAUCUCCCGAUAGACUUCACCAGUUUUCCAGCUCAGGUAGACCUGCCCAGAAGCAAUGGGGAUUUGGAAGAAGAUGAUCCCGAUGAGACACCCAGGGGCUUAAGUGACUUGGAAAUUGGGAUGUAUGCUUUGCUGGGUGUCUUUUGCUUGGCCAUCUUGGUGUUCCUCAUUAACUGUGUCACCUUUGCCUUGAAAUACAGGCAUAAGCAGGCUCCGUUUGAAGAGCAAGAAGGCCUGAGGCAUUCUCACGACUGGGUGGGACUGAGUAAUAGAACUGAACUUCUGGAGAAUCACCUCAAUUUCUCCACCCAACAAGAGGAAUGCAUUACGGCCAUUGACCGGAGCAUGGAUCUAGAAGAAAGCAAAUAUCUCCUCAGUGCCAACCCUCAGAAGAACCUCAAUGGCCAAGUCUUCCGAUCUUCCACAGAUUCUGCUACCACCCCAGAAAGGAAGGAGCAGAAGAGCGAACAAACCACCUCGCCCACCUCCAAACGGAAACGAGUCCAAUUUACCACCUUCACCACCAUCUCUUCUGAUGGUGGCUACCCAACGGUCAACUCCAUUUUGAACAGCAGUGAGGACGAUAUCAAAUGGGUUUGUCAAGACAUGGACUUGGGGGGAUGUAAAGAACUAAGGAACUACAUGGAACAGCUCCAUGAAAAAGUGUAA